AUGGAUUCCCAGAUCAACGAAUACUUCAUCGUGGUAGUGCACCUCUGCAAUCGUAUCAUGAAGUUCGCCCGGAAAUCAACCUUCUCAAAGCUAGGCUAUACGGUGAAUGACUCGGACGUGAGAGAGUUGCAAGCCGAGCUCAACCUUUGGGCAAAGUCAAUAAAAGAGGAAGUGGAUCUUUUGUUGGCCCAGAAAAUCGAUAUGGAAGUCCAGACUAGUUCAGCGUUCAGAGCUCUUUCAACACGACAUGCAAAGGCAACUGAACAUCAACGGAAACUGGCAGAAAGGCUCCGCAUCCUCGAUAUGUUCUCAACACAUGAUUAUGAGACACCCUGGAGGCGAAUCCGCAAGACCGGAACUACUACCAGCUUUUUGCAAACCACCGAAUAUCAUGACUGGAGAGAUUGCAAGGCGUCAACUACGCUUCUCUAUAGAGGCAGCAUUGGCUCGGGUAAGACUGUCAUGAUGGCGAAUAUAGUCAACGAUCUCGUUGCUCAUAUCGAAGGCACCGAUGCAGUAGUUGCUUAUCACUUCUGCGAGCACGACUCAUGGGAUCUAAAUUGUCAACGAGUCCUUGGCACACUGGUACGACAAAUACUCGAGACUGUACCGGACCUGACUACUUUGGACCCGCGACACAAACACUCAUUCAGUGUGGAACAGUUCGUAACUCUGCUGUAUGAGGUUGUUCCUCAGUCAACACACAUAUGGAUAGUACUUGAUGGACUACACAACUGUCUCGAAAAAGACAGAAAUUACAUCUUACUCGGGAUCAAGGAGCUCCAAUCAGUUCGGGAUGUGCAUUUAUGUGUAUCACAUCGCGUGGACUCUCAUAGUCUAGCAGAUAUGCCAAUAUUCCGCCCUGCUGUUGUCACGCUACAGCCCGAGAACGCCCAAGACAUUGAAGCGUUUGUGGACACUGAACUGGAACGCUGUCUGACAACCCGUAAGCUGGUUCUUGGGGACCCCGCUCUUAUAUUCGACAUACGGGACGCUCUAAUGAAGGGCUCGCAAGGCAUGUUCCUUUGGGCGACGCUACAAAUUGAGUCAUUAUGCUCGAUGAAGACUGAUAAAGAGAUUCGCGAAGCACUUCUUGAUUUACCUCGCAAUCUUACGCAGGUCUAUAAUCAAAUACUGAACCAGCUGCAGCAACCUGGCCAAACUUAUCAAACAGAGAUAUUCAAAAUCAUCACAUCUACGAUGCGACCGCUUACAAUGGAAGAAAUGCAGGAGGCCCUGAGUGUCACACUUGGCGAUACAACCUGGGACCCCUCGAAGCUUCUGAACAGCGUGGAUUCGGCUUUGGCAACUUGCGGCUGUCUCAUUACCGUGGACGAAGAAGACGGCACGAUACGUACAGUACACCCGAGCGUCAACCAGUACCUCAUACAAAAAGAUCGAGAGGGCCACAAUGGCGGGGUUUGUCUCGACCCCGAAGAGGCCCGAACGUUCACGGCAUCGAUAAUGGUAACCUACCUUGGCUAUGGCCUUUUUGGUACGGAGCUAUCGAGCCCCCUUCCCGCAAUGCAGUUGGGAUCAGCGCCUUCUCAUAUUAUCAGCUCAACACUGGACAACUCCAAGUCCGUCCAGAGUGUCGCCCUGAGGUUUUUGAGGUCCAUGAAAGAGUCGCAAUUCGACGCAACAAAGGUUCUUGCCGAGAAUCUCACGUUGCAGUCCAAAAAAACUUCUUUCGGGUCCUCAAGCAAGGGACAGUACGCCUCAAAACCCCGGCCGGGAUAG